GGGCCGCCAAGCUCUGGCAGGGGUCCAUGCGGCACGAACGGGCGGCUUAGCUAAGGUACCUAACGCCUGGCUAGUGUAGCACAACAGCUGCGACGACACCUCUUCCGUCUGGACGUCACCUGCGAAAUAGCCCGCCUUUUGACGUUGCACCCCAUUGCGAAGCUAUUCGAGACAAGACACCCACAAAGCGCAAAGAUGGCUCAGGUCCCGGUGCAGACGAUCCAUAGGGAUCCCCAGUUAUUUUACUGGAUCCUCUUGCCCAUCACGGCUGUCAUGAUCUUGACGGGCGUGCUGCGGCACUACGCGACGGUGCUGAUGGCGUCGGCGCCGAAGAGGCUCGACCAGAAGACGACGCGCGAGCAGCGGGCGCUGCUGCACGGGAUCAACGUGCGAGGCAACUUCCACACGCUGGCCAAGCCGUCGUUCGACGUGCGGCGCGACGCGCUCACCACGGCCUACGAGUCAGGCGCCUACCUCAAGAGCCCCGAGAACCGCGGCCAGGCACCGCCUAACCCCCUAAGCGACCCCAGCUCCAUGGAAGGCAUGAUGGGCAUGAUGAAGAACCAGAUGGCCAUGAUCAUCCCCAACACGCUCAUCAUGAGCUGGAUCAACGCCUUCUUCAGCGGCUAUGUCAUUAUGAAACUGCCCUUCCCUUUAACUAUCAAGUUCAAGAGCAUGCUCCAAGCCGGCGUGGCGACAAAGGACAUGGACCCGCGGUGGAUGUCAAGCAUCAGCUGGUACUUUCUGUGCAUUUUCGGCCUGCAGUCUGUCUUCAACUUUCUGCUCGGGAGCGACAAUGCCGCAAGCCAGAUGGCGCAACAAAUGGGCGGCAUGGCCCCCAACGCUGGGCAGAUGUUUGGCCCGGGCGUCGAUCCCGACAAGCAGUUCCUCGCCGAGGCCGAGAACCUUGCUGUCAUCGAGCACUAUUCUGUCCUUGACGGGGUGGAGCAGCGUCUCUUAGAGGGUAUCAAAGUGUAGUUUUUUUCUUUAUUUUUUGUAAAUAGUAGACUAAGCUGCACUAGUACAUCCAAACCUAGCCUUAUUGACUAAUCAUCGU